GGUGGGUGAAAAACAGAACAACUACAGAUUACUACAGAAGGGACUCAGCUGUCAGCACAAGUUUGUGACACAACCAACUCUCAAAAAUAAAAACAAAAUCCAAGAGCAAGCACAGAAGCUGGUUACAGAAGUCGUUUGGUUGGAAAUCCAAGUUCCUUCUGCUGCUUUUGCAAAGGUUUUUUCGCCACCAAAUCGAGCGAAUCCAAGAAUUUCAUGUUGACCCAAAUUUGAUUUGCAAAGAAGAUUUUUGAUCGAGUCGCGAAUCUCGAAAACUUCGCGAGCAUAGCCAGCUAUGGAAGUAGAAUGUGAGGGAUUCACGUUCACUUCGAAAUUUGACUCUGGAAACUUGGAUCGGGUCGAGUUCGUGCCGAAAAACAGACCAGAAAAUCACAAUGGAAAAACAAACUCUGCGUCUGAACAUCAGGACUUUGAGUUCAAUUUGUGGACCAAACCAGAUUGUGGACACACAGAGUUUGAGAAUGGAAACAGGACAUGGUUCUACUUUGGAAUCAAAGGAGGACCUCCUUUCUCUUUGGUCAAACUCAACAUUAUGAACAUGAACAGGCAGCACAAAAUGUUCAGUGAGGGAAUGGCUCCUGUAUUCAAAGUUGUGCCAGGACGAAACCAUUGGGAACGAAUCCACGACAAGCCGGCUUUCACGACUGAGCAGAAAAAGUUCACCCUGAGCUUCAAGUUCCGCACCCUGGAAAACCAGAACGCCACCACCUAUUUUGCCUUCACCUACCCGUUCUCGUACACGGACAUCCAGAACCACCUGAAACACAUCGACACCAAAUCUCAGCCUUACAAGCAGCAGUACGAGCAAUCCAAGGAUCCCAACACCAUUUACUACCACCGCGAGUGCGUCGUCAGGUCCACGGAACACAGGAGGGUUGACCUUUUGACAGUCACCUCUUAUGAUGGCAUCAGUGAUGAGCUUGAACCCAGACUCAGGUACCUGUUCCCUGAGACCAAUGUGCCAAGACCCCACAAAUUCCCCAACAAAAAGGUUGUUUUCGUCAGCGCCCGGGUGCACCCUGGUGAGACGCAGUCCAGUUUUGUGCUCAACGGCAUGCUCAACUACCUGCUGCAGCCCACCGACCCUGUGGCGCAGCUGCUCCGCAAGCAAUUUGUCUUCAAGUUCAUUCCGACCCUCAACCCAGACGGCGUUGCUAAUGGACACUACAGAACUGACAUGAGGGGCGUCAAUCUCAACAGGGUGUAUCUCAACCCGUCUCUAAUCCUGCACCCCACCAUCUUUGCAGCAAGAUCUCUCAUAAGAUACCACCAUUAUGGCUGUGAAAUGCCUGAGGAAGACAAUAUCCCUUGGGAUUCAAAUCUGUACACCACCUCUGAAUCCUCAAGCCCUGACCUUCUGCCUUGCGGCUCGAAUUCGGCCGUGUGUCAAGAGGAGAGCGACGGCAGCUUUUCCGACGGCUCCCCCAACCCAAAGCAAAGAUUGUUGGCCAGCAAGAAUGACGACGCAGCCAAGUUUGACGAAGACACCCGCAGCUCAGAGGGAUUCCUCAAUGCCAAGCGUCUAUCGGAAAUGAACAUCGUUGACGAAAACAGCUGCAGUAUUGUUUCCGUUGACGAUAUCACCAAAUGCUCAGUUAUGAAGAACAAGAUAAUCAUCCAGCAAUCCAACAGGACUGAAGUGGCGUCAUUUGAGAAUGUCCUUCUGACUGAGAGGAGCAAGAAGCAAGAGGAAUUGACGCAGGAGCCUGCCGAGUCUGGUAUUUUCAUGUAUUUGGAUCUUCACGGCCACGCUUCAAAGAAAGGUGUUUUUAUGUAUGGAAACCACUUUGAAAACAUAGAAGACAGCAUUGAGACGUUCUUGAUGCCGAAACUCAUGUCUUUGAACAGUCUUCACUUCCACUUCACUUCCUGCAACUUCAGCAAGCGCAACAUGUAUCUCAGGGAUAAAAGAGAUGGAAUGAGUCGUGAAGGCUCUGGCAGAGUUGCCGUUUUUAAAAUGACUGGGCUUGUGAGGUGCUAUACUCUUGAAUGCAACUACAACACUGGCCGUAUUGUCAACACUUUGCCGAGCAGUGGCAAAGACAAUGGAAAAUCUCCUGCAGCACCUGUUGUUCCUCCAAAGUACAAUCCUCCACUUUUUGAAGAAGUGGGAAAAUCCAUGGCAGUCUCGAUCUUGGAUCUCACAGGCUCCAAUCCGUUGAGCCGCAUCCGCCACUCCGAGUUCAGAGCGCUGUCUGGUGUAAAAGACUGGCUGAGACGCUACAUCCAGACUGACCUCAGCAUGCCUCGUAUCCAGCGGAAAACAAGUUUUCAGGUGACCACCACCACAGGUUUGUCCUCCUGUGUCGUCUCCUCUGCUGGACCCUCCUCUCUGCCCCCUCUCGUAGACGCUUGUUCCUCUGCAGCUAGCCAAUCCACCGCGCGCUCUGGUCGCCGAAUUAAAACGCACCUCACACCCCUGGUCAACAAACCGGGCUCCAAAAGCGCCGUCAUUGUGGUCGACCUCAAGGAAAACCUCGCCUCGAGCAGCCAAAACGCAGACUCGGUGAUGAAACUGAAAAACCCAAUGUCGCCCAAGGAAAAUAUCCUUCAGGCGCCGUCCUUCUCCAAAAGCAAACUGGGUCAAGAGGCGUCGGCGGGAAGAGUUUCCAAAACGCGCAAAGACAAGCCGAGCAGUUCUCCGCCCGAGGCGAAACUGAUCAAGAAGUUGGAGAAGACGGACACAAGCGCCAAAAGCGUCCAGGUUCUCAAGCAAGGAUCCAAAAGGCUGCGGAUUUCGUCGGUGAAACAAGAGGUGCACUUGGAGAACACCUUCCAGGUGUUGGCGACCAAGCCGGACACUCUCUGGGACAGUCCGACGACGUCCAAGGCGAGUGGCUGGCGGCCCUUUGUGGAGCAGCAGCCCCUCAAGAAGCAGCAGUCUUCAGAGUCUGGUAAGGAGGCGCCGACUGGUGCCAAAGGUAAGCAGGUGCGCACCCCCAAGACGGCCCAGUUGCGGGGGCCGCACCUUUCGCCCAUCAAGAAGGGCAACCUGACCAGGAAGAAGAGUUUCGAGUGGGAAAAGAAGAAGAACAAGAUGCUGAUCAAAAACAAAAAGCUGACUAUCUCGAGUGAGGAGUCUCUCGAGAAUGCUCCUCUGCCCGAAAACUUCUAAUCGAGCGUUUCGAGCAGUCUGAUUUUUUUCUCGUUGAAUUUUCAAUUGGUUUGCUACUGAACAAACCAGCAAUUUUUACACGAUUCAAAUCCAUUCAAGGGAGUUUACCUAUAGGUCUGGGACAAAAUUUCUCUCUGCUAAACGUUAACAAAGUAGACCAUCUGUGAUAAAAGUUAAAAUCAUCUGUCUUUAUUUCAUUUUGUGAUUCGCAAGUGGUGACUUCUGAAAAUUUAUAAUGACACAAUUAAUGCUAUUUUUCAAUUAAGAUGAUAAGUCCACCAAGUAAAAUCUCUGAUCUUCAAGUUUUUAUUGUUAUUAUUUUUCUUGGAAAAAAUAGAAAAUUUCUUUUAUAUAUUUACACCAUGCUAAUCAAUUAAAUAACCAUAGUAAAUAAAAGUUGAAACAUUUACUAUUUACUACUGAGAAUAGAAUAGCGAGUUUAAAAGUUUAAACCAAUAAUUUGGAAAACGGUACCAAUUUUUCUAAAUUAAAUAGCAUCGGCUUUUAAGGUGCAAGAGUUUCAUAUUGAAAAUUAUAGAAAUAUGAAAGUUGAAUUACACAUUUCUAGAGCUGUGCAAGAUAUCUAUCUGUUUACAAUGGAAACUAUAUAUUGAUGUGUUCUUGUGAGGCAGUAAAACACUCUGCCGUUAAUAUUUUAUUUGAGUGAGACACUGCGAUUAACGAUUCAAAUAUUUCAUUUGCUGAAGUAGCGAUUAAUGAUUAUCAUGUCUAAUCUCAAAAAUUUUAGUGCAUUAUGCAAUGCAAUACCUAAUUUUUGGUAUUGUAGUCUUGUAUUAUUUACUUUUGAAGUCAAAUUAUUUUGUACAUAAUGGAGAAAUAUGAAAACCUGUUUCGACCUUUGUGUAGGCUUCAAAGUUACUAGUCUUUUGUUCCCUUCUGUUGCCAGACUAACGAGUCUUGGAAUAUUCAAUAAAAGUACACCCUAAUCAAUUCUCAAAAAUAUAUUAAUCAUUUUUCCAUCACCCUCGGCACAUCUUCCAUAUCAGAGGUUAAAUAAAAAUGGUUUGUUAAAUUGCCUUCUUUGGAUUUGUUAACUUUAAUUAAGAAUUACAAUAAUUGAGAAUCAUUAAAUUUCAUCCAAUUGAAGCUGCACUUCCUUUAUCAUUGACUAGGACAUUAAUUUUUCACAUUUUAUCAAAACCAUCCACUCGUCUCUUUUGUUUCUUGAGCACUCAUGAAAAAUAAUCACAACUCUUUCUUGUCGGCACCAGUCGUGUACUUGUUGUACUUAUUGUUCUUGGGUGGCAAACAGUAACAAGCCUCUGUCUGGCUGUCCAUGUAGGAUUUGCAGCCGAGAGUCAUUGUGGCGGUGAAUAGCAUUUUAGACGCCGCCUUGCAACCUUUAAAGAAACCAUGAAAACAAUGUGAACCUUUUGGAUAAAAAAAGGAAACCUUUUACAAAAGGUUCGCCCAUGUGUUGGUGGGCCUCGCAGAUCUUGUAGAGACACCUUUUGAAGUCAAAGUCGCACUUUUCUUUAUCGACAUUGCAAGUGUCGUAACAAAUGUCAUGCUGGUUGCAGCAUUCGGUCAUUUCAGCCACAGGCAA